AUGGGUGAAUAUAAACCAGGUAACGAAAAGAAAGGUGCUACCUUAUUCAAGACUAGAUGUCUACAAUGUCACACUGUUGAAGAAGGUGGUCCACAUAAAGUUGGUCCAAAUUUGCACGGCAUCUUUGGUCGUAAUUCUGGGCAAGCUCCAGGUUAUUCUUACACUGAUGCUAAUAUUAAGAAGAAUGUUAAAUGGGAUGAGCAAAAGAUGUCUGAUUAUUUGACCAAUCCAAAGAAAUAUAUACCAGGUACCAAGAUGGCAUUCGGUGGGUUGAAGAAGGAGAAGGAUAGAAAUGAUUUGAUUGCUUACAUGAAGAAAGCCUGUGAGUAA